AUGUCUGAUGCAGACGACUACGUGCUAGGAAGGGAGUAUUCGGAAGGCUUGAGACUAGAAACUCAGCAUCUCCUUUUCAAUAUCCACAAUGGGUAUACAAUCGACCCCAAGAUUCCAAUUUCUCCUGGAAUGAAGAUUGCCGAUAUAGGUACAGGUACCGGUAUAUGGCUGCUGGAUGUAGCUCGGCAAGUUCCUUCGACGGUACAGCUAGAUGCCUUUGAUAUCUCAGACAAACAGUUCCCCCACAAGGAUAGCAGGCCCGAUAACAUGAGUUGUCGAAUUCUCGAUGCUUUUUCUCAAGUUCCUGACGAAUUGAUUGGGGUUUAUGACGUAGUUCAUCUGAGACUUUGGUGCUGUAUAGUGCGAGAUUGCAAUACGGCUGCCCUUAUUCAGCACGCUACACAGCUAUUGAAGCCAGGGGGGUAUUUGCAGUGGGAUGAAGCGGACCUUGACAAGAUGCACAUCAAAGGUGCCGAAGCUGAAGCAGUUGCUGCCCUCAGUCGCACCGCCCAAGCAAUUACGCAUUUUGACUACUCUGCUGCAGCUCUGCCUCCCCGCGAAGAGGCUGAGGCUUCGUUGGAUGCGUUGAUUAAGGCAAUUCCAUAUGGCGCUGUAUACCAUUGGACGCCGGCUAGUCUACUAGCCCGAAAGCCAGUUGUAUAA